AUGGCAAAUCUGAACCCCAACACGACUGCCAACGGCAGUGCAGGGCGUGGCACGUCUCUUGCGCGCGCUGGCGCUCCUCAGAAGGUCACCCUCUCCCUUGGACACCUUCCGAGCAAGAAAGAGAUCAAGGGAACGUACCCAAGGACGCCGUCAAGGGUUGACCCAGACUCUCCUCCCUGGCCAGCUUUCCGUGGCUACCACGAAUAUUCAUUCGCUCAUGCUACUAUGGGCGUACGUUUACCGACCAUUCUGGGAAAAGGCAUCCAGGACGUUAUUCGUACCCUCAACGAGGAAUGGGACGAGGACAAGAUGAUUGACCUCAACAAAUGUAUUGAGCGCAUGGAAGAACUGAUGCAUGAUCUUACUGGUCAGGCGGUCUUACGUCCGAUUAUCGACGACGGCGAAGGUGAUGUAGCUCUUUGGAACAAAGAAAUCGCGAAGUAUUUCCGGGGCAAAAAUUUCAUUAACGCGCCGUGGCUCUUCGCUGAAGCCUACAAGUACCGUCGUCUGCACGAAUGCUUUAGCAUCAGCAAAUUCUGGGGCGAUUAUGAUGUCUUCUUUAGGCAGAAGUGUGAUACGUUCUCUCGCUCCGCUCAAGCUGUAUUCGAGCUUUCGACUCGCUUUGUACUGCCGUGGAAGUAUGCUGAGGCUCAUGAUCACGGAUCUGGAGUGCCUGAGGAUAAAAUCCUUGAAGCAGAGCGCCUAAUGUUCCUAGAGCUAACUCAAGUCUGCCUCUGGGGCAACUCAACAGAUUUGUCACUUCUUAUUAACAUGACCGAGGAAGACAUAAAAAAACUUCAGUCAACCGGCGGAGACCAUCUCGCUGCGACGGAGAAAAACAUUCUUGGCAACCACCUACCUCAGCUGUGGGAGCAUGUUAAGGAGCUUCGCAACAAGACUGGUGGUCGCAUCGACUUUGUUCUUGACAAUGCUGGAUUUGAGCUGUAUUGCGAUUGCGUAUACGCGGACUUUUUGAUUCAGUCGGGUCUCGCUAAGCAAGUCCGGUUCCACGGCAAACGAUUCGCUUGGUUCGUCUCAGAUGUCACUAAGAAGGAUUGGAACUGGCUAUUAAACACUAUGGUUCACGGAGAACUCUUCAACAAAGCGACCGACGCGGAGAGAGAGUCUCUUAAGAAGUUGGGUCUCCGCUGGAAGCAAUACGAGAAGGAGGGCAAAUGGAUCUACGAACAACAUCCUUUCUGGUGUACCGGCUAUACUUAUUGGGACUUGAUUACUGAAGCGCCUGAUCUCUUCUUGCACCUCUCACGUUCCGAUCUUGUCAUUUUCAAGGGCGAUUUGAACCACCGGAAGCUCACGUAUGACUGCGCGGCUCCGGCAGCAACUCCGUUUGAAGAAGCCAUUGGACCCAUGGCAAGCGCUCCUGGUGCUCCGAGAAUAUGCUCUCUCCGCACGAUUAAGAGUGACGUCGUCGUCGGACUUCCAAGCAACGAGAUGGCUGAUAAGCUCGACAAGGAUGAGCCUGGCUGGAAGAUCAGUGGCAAAUAUGCCGUCGUUCUUAUGUCUGAAGGAAGGCCAGGCGAGAAAGUUCGCUUUGCAUAA